AUGGGUAACAAUCCUACCAAAGAGAGUCGGUCAUACAAUGGCCAUGCCAUUCGACACUCCCGCGGCGACUCCAUUUCAACAGCAAGCUACGAGCACUACAGAAUAUCAGAAAGUCCUCAUGCCGCUGCCUCCUCUAGAACCCUUCGCGCCGGCCGACCCGAAUUUGCGUUACUUGGCCCUGAUAGAGACCAGCAAUUACAGGAACACCGCCGCGAAACUAGGCAAGAACGAGAGGCUAGAAAACGAGAGAAAGAAAAUGCGGCCAGGGUCAAAGAACGGGAGCGAAGUAUGAAGGAAGAACACGUUGAUGGUGGGUAUUUAGUGACACAGGGAGUCUACGUCGGCUCAGAGGACUUCAACAAGGCAGUAGUGAGGCAAUUAAUGAUUGAACGUCGCCUAGCUCCAUUUUGGAGAGGCUUAAACGAUUUUUCAGAUUCUUGGACUGAACACCAGCUAAUGGCGGCAGCCAGAGGAAUGCCUAUUCCGGCGCCGGAUGAAGUACCCCCUGAAUUAGAAUACAAGAUACCAUCUAAAUCAUCUGAGGAUCGAAUGCCAUCCGAGAAAAAUUUAAAUACCCUCAUGGUUCCAAUCUCAUCUAGGUCUCAGUCCUAUAAUUCGGAUACUUCAUCUGUGAAUCGCACUUUAUCGCCUCCACGAUCACCCGGUGCUUUAAGCCCCACGGGUUCUUUCUUCAGAAGUCGUGCCAAAACCCUCGCAUCCCUCACAACAUCGUCCAAAACAAACAUUGCCGACCCAGCAUCUCGAGAAACUCAACUACCUAAAGACCCCUUCAUCAAUGGGCAACCAAUUGAAGCAUACUUGUACAAAGAUGCCUCGGAAUGUCCAAUUUGUUUCCUUUACUACCCUCCAUACCUAAAUAAAACUAGAUGUUGUGAUCAGCCUAUCUGUUCUGAGUGCUUUGUACAAAUAAAACGCCCUGAUCCUCAUCCUCCAGAACAUCCUGAGUCUAAUAAUUCUGAAAACAAUGGACCCGACGUGUCUGAUACACAACUCGUUUCGGAGGCUGCUGCUUGUCCCUUUUGUGUUCAGCCUGAAUUUGGCGUUACGUACUUACCACCUCCUUUUCGCCGGGGACUGGCGUACGCCCCAAACUCCACUAUGCACCCGCUUGCAGACUCCUCACCCACAUCCUCUGUGUCUUCCUUAACUUCAGGGGGCCAACCUCCCACCUCUAGACGUCGUGCUACGUCGAUAUCUGCAGAUUCUCCUGGUGUUAUCACGACUGACAAAGUUCGUCCAGACUGGGCAACAAAACUCGCUGCUGCAAGAGCCCAAGCUGCCAGAAGAUCUGCAGCCGCUACAGCCCUUCAUACGGCUGCCUAUUUGAUGAAUACACCGGGGGGGCCACUUGAGCCGAGGAGACGCAGCAUGUUACGACGAGCAACUGGUCAAGACAGCCCUAAUAGCAGAACCGGCUCCCCACAUUUAAAUGCCUUGGCAUAUCUGGCUGAACGUCGAGCCUUGUCCGAGCGAGAACAUGGGUCGCCGGGCGAUAGUUCGACGAACCUAGCACCUCCUCGUGCCAGCUCUCGUCGCAGCAGAAUUGAUGAAUUGGAAGAAAUGAUGAUGAUGGAGGCCAUAAGGUUGAGUCUAGCAGCUGAAGAGGAACGUCGCAAAAAGGAAGAAAAAGAUGCCAAAAAGGAGGCGAAGAAACGAGAUAAAGAAGCCAAGAAAGCCGGGAAGCAAGCCAGAAAAAGCGUUCUUUAUAGUGCUAAUGCUAGUUCUGUUGCUAUGAAUACGUCCUCCAACAACAUUCAGUCUGGAGUAGCGGAUACGGCAAACCAGGAGCCCGACACCUCCACCUGUAAAGGCAAAGGUGUCGAUCGCUCCGAACCCGAUGCUAGUGUUAUAAUGGCAAGCAGUUGUUUGGAAAAAGACCCGAAAUUAAGUCCGAAAGUGUCAGACAGUGAACGUCUUGGUGUUUUGGCAGAGAAUUCGUGUAAACAAACGCAACUUCGCCAUGUCUCAAGUGCCUCUUCCUCGAGAUCCUCUCUCGUUGAGUCUGUAUUCGGAGAAUCGCUAGGAUCUAGCACUCCUCCGAAUGGACCCAACGCAAAUCUCGGUCCGAUACAUGGGUUUCGAAGCCUAGCUGCUAUGAUUGGCGAUGCCACGUCCAGUGAUUUGCUCGACACUAAAUCUCCUGAUCACGAGAAUGCGCUAGAACAAACUGAUGCUGAACCACAAGAGCCGCGACAUUGUUCGAAAGCGAACGAGCUUGGGCAAAUUGCCCUUUUGUCGCCAUCGCCUGUAUCCGAACAGAAAGGUACCCUAGGCAAGGAAGCACGCUCGUCUGCAUCAGAAAUACCUCCAGAACCAACUCCGAGCACAUCGAGCCCAUAG